AUGGCAGAGACUUCACCGUACAACUGUCAAUCAUUUAGACCAGGUGCUUACGUGGCUAAAGCGUGGCUAAAGAUUCUCGUCGUCCUUGUAUUGAGUAAAAGUUAUUGCCGCUCAGACAAACAUCAAAUGAAAAUGGAAGAUCCGAUCAACUUUGAGAUUUUAUCAUCCUUGCAAAAGGUCUACCUUUUGGCAAAAGAUCGUAUUGAUGAUGGGGAGAAAAUAGAAGAUAUCGUGAAACAGGAUUGGUACCAAGAGGAGGAAAGGAAACUUGAAGAAGACAUUAAAAAAGGACGCCUUAAAUCUGACCCAAAUGCAUUCUUUGUGAUGACAAUUAAUAUGGAAGGAAAAAGUUUGGGCAUAGGAACUGCUGACAAUCGGAAGAUGCUUUUGACAAUAAUUCUUCGUAAUUUUCACCCUUCUCUGAUAAUGUCUCAAGAGCAAAGUGGCGUACUUGUGGAAUUAAUUGCAAGAAGUUACCAGUUGGAAGCAAGGAAAAACGAAAAUGAGGCAGCUGUAUUUUGGAAUGGAAGUGACUUCGAAGGGACGGACGACGAACUGAAAUCUAGCGAUAUCAGAAUUAUUAGAAUAAGAGAUGAGCUUAAAAAUCAGUUCGAGGUAAGCGAUGUUCUUUCAAGAAUAAAGAUGGUAAAACUUACGCCAAAACGGGCCACGGAAGGUACAAMCCAGUCUUUUUUGGCAGUCUCUUGGCAUGGACGUCACCAUUCUAUGAGUAAGUCCAAAAAAAGUGAAGUAUUCAAUGGCUUUCUAGAAUUCGUCAAAGAAGUCUCUAAAGUCAAUGGAAAUAUCCCAUUUAUUAUCGGUGGAGAUUUCAACUUGGAUACAACGGACGAAGAACUUCCCUUGUCGCAAGGUGUUGUUGUUCCAGGGUACGAACUCUCUCCCAGAAGCCAACAAAGCUCAGAAAAGACAAAAAACUAUAUCCCUUACAAAGAUAAUUUUAUAUUUUCCACGCACGGUAUCUCCGUGGAAUGGAUAAAACCGAUUGAUUUCACUUCUCGUAGCGCGCAGACCAAGGCAGCCUCUGACCUCUCCGCAGAACAACAAGAAGAAGCGAAUCGCAUACCUGUCAAUCCCAGCCGUGGAAUUGUCGACGACUUGUUAGAUCAUGACCCUGUUGUAGGAGUUCUUAAGUUAUCAAGUCCAACAAGCCCAACAAGCCCUGCGGUUCAAAACCUGAAUGAAAAGUUUAAUAAAGCUGCUUCACUUGGUGCCCAGGAGUCGACUAAUAUUUAGAGAGGCUUUCUAGAGAUACGCUUUCUAAUCAGUGUGCUUUGGGGCCCAAGGGAAGAGAAAAUAUUGCAAAGAAAAGGGAAAAAAGGUUUAUAACCGAAUUAAUUGAAGAGAACUUUCUAUUACUUUUAACGUGUAUCUGGGACAAAACUUGUAACUUGGGACAAAACAGCAUUAAGCAAUAAUAUAGAUAAACUGAAAUUUAAUAUACACUUUUGACACAUUCGAUGCAUGCCUUUGACUUACAAUUAUAGAAUACAAACCGCAAAAUGCAUAUUUUCACAGUCUUAACGAAGGCCGCUGAUUUGCUUUUUAUAGUUCAAAUUGUGUUUGAAUAUCUACAGGAUAUUAAAUCUUUAUAAUUUUCUUUUCUUUCUAUAGGAACUUCCAUCCCCCUGUUAUCUUUAUAAACUGAGCUAUGAUAUGCCUGCCAACACUCUCAACUCUCAGCGAUUAUUGAACACAGUGUUUUAUUGCAAAAUGUGCCAUGUAGUUUAUUUCUCUUUAGUAAWUUGUGAAAGAAUUGUUAAAUGAUGAGGUUGUGUCUACCAUUAAAGAAAUUUAAAAACAUCUUAAACAAAGCCAUCACAACCUAAGUACAGGAUUUUUUUUACAUUCGCGAUAUGCCUAUAUAACAUAUUUCAAUAAUAUAGAUACACGUAUUUUCAUAACUAGUUGAUACAAAUUACUAGUGAAGUGCUGCGAAUAUGUCAAAAGUUGGUCAUUGUUUCAGUAUCAGCCACUAAAGCAUUUUCUUGAAAUGAUAAAAUGUCUUAACCUUCUAUAUACUGACUGCAUUUAAAAAUGUUCACCUACAAAUGUUAAUAAUUGAUAUCCCUUGGAUGAUUCUUUAUACACUGAAUAAGAUCUAGAUAUUCCAUCACCCUACAUAAUUAUGGUAUUAAGACAAUAUAUUAUAUAUGAUCCACAAGUUUAUUGUGUCUGUAAUACUUGUCAGGUAUAUUAACUUUACUAUAAGUAAUGGAGCCUGAGAUUCUUUUAAACAGUAAGGUGAUUUAAAUGUCUUCUUAUAUCUUGUAUUGCAUGCUUUGUAUUAGUCAGUAAUACUUGUAUACAUUUGUUGUACAACAUGCAUGGCUGAACCUUUAUAGACUUUUGAUUUAUUAUCUGAAAAAAAUAUUAGUUAACAUUAAUCACAACAUUACACAUCAAUCAAAAAAUAUAUACCUAGAUGUAGCACAAAAGAAUUAGGAAAUAGAGGGCAGUUAAAGUAGAAAGAAUAACUAGUGAAAAUUAAUUAUAAUAAACCAGAGCCAAAAGUUUCCUAAUUAUUAUAAUAAGUGGAUUGUAAUAGAUGAGAAACAGGKGAUUUAUUUUGCCUGUUAAUAUGGGAUGUAAAUACAAUUCCUUUAAUACUGAUUUAACUAAGUAGUUGAAACCUGAUUAAAUGCACUGCAUGUUGCUUGUGCUAAUUUUUCUAAUCUUGCUUCUUUGGCAAGUCUGUGUAUUGUAUUAAGGAUAUACUGAUGAUUUCAUGCUUGUUGGUCUUUCGAAGGUCAUGUCAUUGGCUCAAUAAUACGAGAUGUAACAAUAUAUAACAGUUUUUUUGACAAUGCUAAAGGUAACAUAAGAGACACAAGUUUUUUUCCUGAUUUGUCAAUAUCUACCCAGGCUUUCAGUAGUGUAAGACCUUGGUUUUUGUGUGCUGUGAGAGCAUAUGCAAGUCUAAGAGGCAACGCAGUUGCCUUUGUGGACACCAUCAGGCAACUGAGGUGAUACAGUCACUGGACAUAUUGGUACACAUGUUGGUAAUGGUCAUUGAUAGAUGGAUCUCUGUAGUCAUCAAAUUGGACAAUAAAAGCAACAGGCAAG